AUGGUGGUGCAGUCUGGAACUUUGCUAUUUGUAGUGGGCACUACUGCUCUGACACUUCCAUCUCUCAUGUCCACUUACUAUCUAAAUCUGGGUCUGUCCUCACCUCUAUUCUCUCCUGCAUAUAUCCGUCAGCAUGGGUUUUUUACUUUUCAAUCGAGACCUUCAUUUGCCAUAUCUGGACCAUCAACAUCUCUAGUUACUCACAUGUUCCACCAUGUUGAUAUAAUGCAAGUUGUGUGUUUACAACUCUUUUUGUAUUCUGUUAGCUUGAUUCUCAGACCAUUUUACCUUGUACAACAGGCACUGGAUGAAUAA